ACAAACGUGUUUUAUUCGCUUCGCGUGUAGAUUUUGAUCGCCGUGUGCGUGUGUCAUUUUUGUUGUGUAGCUGGAGCAAACUUUGCUUAGCAUUUGGCACAGUUUCCGCUGCAUCGGUUGCAAAUUAAAAAUAGGUGGAAUAAGUAAAAUCGUGAGAAUAAGUCGGAUUUUUUAGACAGAUCCGGGGUUCGUGAAAGUUAGCUCAUUCAAAUUUCGUCAAACCGACUGGUGUGUAUUUGUUCACUACAACAGAACAGGCUCUGCAGUGUGUCCCACCAUUGGCGAGCGAGCGACUUCUAUAGGGUGUGCGAGGUAGUAUCCAGUUGGAAUCGAUCGUGAACGGACGACGCGCAAUGAACUAACAACGAUGAAGUGGCCGUCAACAGUGCUCGUGGUGGUGAUCGCGGUGAUCCUUAGCUUUAGUCGGGGAUCGGAGGCCGCCCGGAAGUUGAAGGGAUCCACGGAUGUGGACGCCCUCAGGCAGCGGUACUAUGAACUGGAAAAUCGCGCCUGGACGAUCGUCAAUCAGAUCGACAAAGUCGACAACCAGAAGGAGGAAGAUCGACGGCUGCAGAGGAACAUUAUCCUGAAGGAGCUGAUCGACAUCUACUCCGGAUUUGCAAACGAUGAGCUGGGACCGGAGAACACCUACGAUGAGGAUGAUUACUUUAUACUGAAGCGCUUCUACGAGUGGCAGCUGCUGGAGCAGGAUCUGAUCAACGUGCACAAGUUGUUCGAUGCUAUUCGGCAGUUUAUGCGGAACAAGAAUCAACUGCCCGGGGAGGAUGCGGACUUUGAGCUGGCCAGCAUGGACAUCACCGAUACGGUGCUGGGCGAUCCGCACUUCCCGGUGAACGCAACGCUGGAGGAGAUCGAUCGGAUCAUGAUUCGCCAGGGGAUGUACUACAAGGCGCAAUUGGAGGCCAAAUCGACGAUCUGCAGCUUUGGGCUUUCGGCCCAGCAGGUUCUCUAUCAGCUGUACAAUGCCAUCUCCAUCACCGAAUUAAAAGGCUACUCGAUGAUGCAGUUCUCGUGGAUGCUACUGAAAACCUACGGGAAAGGCAACUUCACCACGGAAGCCAAGCUGAUGCGCCGUCGGUUCGAGGAUCGAACCAACCGCACCCAGAAUCUGCUGCAACGGGUCAUGGCUCAGGCCAGCCGCGAGUACUGGCGCUGCGAUCCGGAACGCAACCAGCACAAGGAGGGCGAAACCUUCGUCCAGAUGACGCGCCUUCUGCAGGGCUACAUCGAGAACGAAGUCGACAUGAACACGGACAACACUUGCAAGGAGAACUGUGCCCACUACAGUUGGGGCGUCCGGCAGGAGCAGUGCUACAAGGAUCUCUACUGCUCCAAACAGACCAAGUGCGCCGGCAAGAUGUACAGCUGCGAUUAUGUCGAUUCUGACAUGUGGAUAUGCCCGGCAGCCACGAGCAGCAACCGGAGAUACGAGUAUAUCGAGUACGAGAACGGUAUGGUCCUCGGGCAGAAGACACAUUGCACCCGGGGAUCCACCAAGGUCGAUUCCUGGUGGCGUUGGCUGUUCUGGCACUGCAGCUACUGCUUCUGCUUGUGCGACGAUGCCGGACCUAAGUCCGAUCGGUACAUCAACAUGCGGGAAUCGGUGUCCGAUGUCAUGAACAAUAAAGUCGUCACGGGAUUACGAUUUGUCAAGAAGAACCGAAUCAUCCACCUGAUGGUACAGCAGGGAAAACUACUUCCUCGAGGUCAGAUCGACAACGGCACUCUGGAAUGGGUUGAACCGGACGAUUAUAACAUCCUGUCGCCGAACGUUCGAGCCAAGGUGGAUUACAAUGUUAUGAACCACGACAACCGAAUCAUGGAUCUGGAUGACAUUCUGCUGCAGCCACCUUACGUCGUAACCGGCGUUCGUUUCCGAAUGCUGGGAACACACAUGAACCUGGAAGUCCGCAUGACCGAAAUGGACUUUGGGGCGGGUAAACUGAUGGAUCCGGACAAGAGCAUCUGGGUGGGCAGCGACAAAACGGAACACAGCGAUGACAAGAGAACCGAAUUCAAGCUGGACCGACCGCACAUCCCGAUCCUCUCCCCCACCAAGUCCGUCCCGGAUACGGAAUCGAACCAGUUCAUCCGCUUCCGCGAGAGCGAUCGUGGCAUGGACGCUUCCCAAUCGACGGUGCCCUACUUCGAUGCCCAACCGGUGGUUCCGGCCAAGCACACUCCGCUCGGUGGCUGUGGACUUUUCCAUAAGGGACGACCCAAGUUCGGUGGAUUCAUGGCCCCGCGGGUGUUCACCUACGAUGUUGGACCGCACGUGCAACAGCCGUUGGAUCAGGUGAACGAAGAGGAAAGGCGUCGCUAUUUGGAAGGCUGAAAGUUCUGCCGCCAACCAGCAGCAUCACCAAGUCAAUGAACGAACGAAUGUGUGUAAACCGAUAGACUUUAGAAUACCGUGUCGAUCCAGUUAAAAUCAAAAUCAAAAUUGACAUUAAUUUAAUCUCCUAUGUAAUGUAGAGUAUUACGCUAGUUGAGAAGUGAGAAGCUGUGUGUAAUAAAUUACUCCCAACAG